CACAAUGGAUCGAAAAGGGGACAAGACCAUUUCGGCAGACACAAUUAGCCGUUUUCCCAGUUCUCACUCACACUUUGGGUUUGAGAUGUUAAGAUGUUCAAAAUCUAUCGAACAAUUCCUUUCUUCUUCUUGAGAUCACAUUUCCAGUUCUCGAUUACUUCCUUUUCAUCCUCCUCGUCGUCUACAAAAAUCACAGAAAUCGUAUCUACAAAUCCCGUUUUAAAUUACCUAAUCGAUUCUCUCGGAUUCCAUGAAGACGACGCCAUUGCUGUUUAUUCAGAGGUACCUCAUCUCAAAUCCACAGCCAAUUCUAAUUUAGUUGUUAACAUCUUCAAAGAAUACGGCUUAAACAACGUCCAGAUCAGAGACAUCGUCUCAAUGGCUCCCAGAAUUCUUACAGUCAAACCUAACAAAACCCUAGAACCGAAACUAAAGGUUUUCACGGAACUAGGGUUACUAGGGCCAGAUCUCGUGAAGCUGGUUAAGAGGAAUCCUCUUAUUUUCUCCAGGGGGUUACAUACGCAAAUCAUUCCUACUGUUGAUUAUCUUCGAAAUUUACUCGGAUGUGAUGAGAACGUGGUUAAAAUGAUUAAUAGAUCAAAGUGGAUGCUGUUACCCAACUCGUCUCUCAGAAGAAUAUCGGCAAACAUAUCAUUGCUGAAAAAAUACGGUCUAUCCGAUGAGAAAAUCUUGAAGCUUUUAGUCACUGAUCCUCAGCGUAUGAAGCAGACACCGGAAUUGAUUGAAAGCAAGCUGCAAUAUCUUGAACAAAAAUUAGGUAUUUCUCGUGAUUCACCUCUAUUGAUUCAUGCAUUGGUUGCUGUUAUGUAUCGUAGCGAAUCAGAAAUUGAGAAGAAUCUACAAGUUUUUAGGAGAUUUGGUUGGUCUGAUUUGGAAAUAGGUAGAUUGCUCAAGUCUCAACCUUACUGUUUGAACAAAUCGGAAGCUUACAUUGUUGAUAAAUUGAACUAUUUCAUGAAGGAACUUAAGUAUACUCCAUCAUACUUGAUGGGUUCCACAUCUUUCUGGACAUUGAGUUUAGAGAAACGAAUGAAACCAAGGAUUGAAAUUAUCAAAAUCUUGAAAAAGAAGGAACUGGUGAAAGAGUCAUUAUCUCUUAGUACACUUGUUAACUAUUCUGAGUCGAAGUUUCUUGGUUUCUUGAAGAACUUUGAGAGUCACAUACCUGGUUUAUGUGAAAUAUAUAAGAAUAGAUUGAAGAAUUCGAAAGUAGUUGAAUGAUUUAGUUGUUUAAAGCUCCUUUGACUAAAAGUCAACCUUAUUGAGGGUUCGUGAAACCACUAUAGAAUAGAAAGAAUGAUACAUAAGAAGUGAUUUUGUUAGUUUUAAACUCUGUUUUGCUAUUAAUAAUUUGUCAUUUGUUUAGAAGCAUUUGGUGAUAUAUUGGAAUCAAUGAGAUAACUAACUUGUUCCAUAGUUAGUUUUUUUGAACAAAAUGUAACAAUAAAUUAUCUUAUGAAAUCAAUUUUACAGUUCGUAUG